AUGGUUGGAGAGGAAGAUAAGAACACAGAUGAGGAGAUGUGCACGUCAGAUGGACAAGAUGUUGUGAACUGUGAGCCUAAGAAAACAGUCCCGUCCACGAAAGAUGACAUGGUCGGUUUGCGUGUUUGUACGAGGGCGACUGUACAGGUUGAUGUCGGGGUUGCAAAAGUUGUUGCGGGUGAGGUCGUACAAUCCGUAGCGGCGAACGAGGAGACUAAUAUGCGUGCACAGGAGUACGUGGGCGGGGAUCAAUUGGACACUGCCCCGUCCACGGGAGACGGCGUGGUCGGUUUGCAGGUUGAGAAAGAGUUAUCGGUACAGGUGGAUGCCGGGGUCUCAAAGGUGGUUGUUGAUGAGGUCACACAACCUGAAGGGGGAUCCAUUGUGGCGAACGAGGAGAAGAGUCUUCAUGGAGCAUAUGCGGAAUAUGGAGAUAGUCAUCUCCAGACUCUUAUUGAAAACAUCGUUAGUGAGGGCAGGACUCCUCAAUUACAUGGGCAGAAUCUAGAUUCUGUAACCGGUCCAAUGUCUGUGCCACCAAAUUUGCAAACCACUCAGGUUUGCAAAACUCAUAAUAUGACUCAAUCUUUUGGGGUCCCGUCAAUAUAUAACGUUUGGCCUGUGCAGUCGGCGUCGUUGAUGAUCGCAGAACGAAAAGCUGGGGACUGCGUGAGGGAAUUGGUUUCCCAUGCCUCGCUUUUCCGAAGUCUAACAAAGGUGGGUGGGCCUGCAUUGAUUAGAGUGACCAGUGUGGACGGAAUUGAUGGUGUAGGAAAUGUGGAGGUAGACGGUGGGCGUGGUCGUACAGUAGAUGGUGAAGAAUUGACCGUUGAUCAAGAGGGAUCCGACCGCAUGGACACAAGUGAGGUGGAUGCCGACCGCGUUAACGAAACAAAGGAACCACUAAAGGAUGGAGCUGGUGAAGGAGAGCCUAUGCAUAUUUGUGUUGAAGACUCUUCACCACCACCUAUACGACCCGCGCACUCACCAUCUGAAAUGGAGACUGCCCUUGCCAAUGCAAUACGUUCCUCUCCGAGAAACACCCCUGCAAAUCUGUUUCCUGAUACUAAUCCUGGAAUGUUCGAGCUCUUCAAAAAAACACUUUCAGUUGACGAGAGCUUCUUACACAUAUCACAGGACAAGUAUGAUCUUGAUAACACGUUCUUCCUUGAUCUGGCCGAGUGUCAGAAAUGGAUAUCGACAAAGAGCACUCCUCGUUUGCGUCGCCAUGGCUUAUUAACCACGAUCGACAAGGAUAAGGUGAGGUGGGAUGAGGAUCUUACCAAAUUCGUGACGGUCCCUGGGCAGACAUGGCUGGACGAGGUGCACACCAUAUACGCCCCCAUGAUAUGGGAUAAUCGGCACUGGGUUGGUUUGGCGAUUCAUCUGGCCGCACGCUAUGUGCAGGUGUUGGACCCUAUGCCAUCUCUGUACGCCGAUCGCAAGUUGGUGAAUUUAAUGGGACCGGUAGUGGACAUGCUUCCUCACAUCCUCUGGAAGUUUUGCCCAUCUCCCACCCAAAAACUGACGAACAAACCUUUCACCUUGCUCGAGUAA